UUCUCAACUAUUUUUUUUUUUACAAUAAAAUAAAAUACGGUUGUUGUGGUUGAGUUGUGACUGAGAUAUGAACGGUAAAGGCGGUUAUUGUAUAGCCAAGUAUGGUGGUGGAGGGAUGUAUGGCUUCUCUAAGGUGGAUAGCAUAAUGCUCAAGUUUAGGCCGAUCGCGCCAAAACCGGUUACGACCGAGUUGGCUUCGUCUGCCGGGGAUGAGUAUGUUAAAUGUGGAAGAGGUAAGAGAAAGUAUGUUAGGGUUAACAAGAUUAUUAGAAAGAAAAAAGAUAAUUUUAAGAGAUGUGGUGGUGAGAAAAAAAAGUUGAAAACGUCACCACCAGCACCAGCGGUGGUAACGCUUCCUUUGCUGCCAGAGACACCAGAUCGGAAAGAGAACGAACCACGGGUUAAAUAUGAAAAUAAGGUUAACUUUAGCGGUUCGUUCUCAGAUCCUCUGGUAUCUCCUGUGCAGCAAAAUAAGAAACUACCGGUGUGGUUGUGCUUUAGCAACAUGACACAACCGUCAGUGGUUCGACGACCACAAGUGGUGUCGAAUGUGACGGUGGAAUGCGUAACUGACACGUGGGUGGAUACGGAAGGUUGUACGGACGAGGAAAGAGUGAUGAGCAUGGAGAAGGACACGUGUCCAGGGUUUAUAUCGGACGGUGAAGAUAGGGUGGUGUGGACAAACAAAGCGUAUAGGCAGAUGGCAGGAGGAGAUGAUAUCACGGUGGUGCUUGUACGGAAGGAUAAACGAACGCUUACGUAUCCAGCUUUCACUUGCAAAGUUAGGGUGCAGCAAACGCCGUCACCCACGUUAACACUGCCGUGUGAUGUUUGGAGGAUGGGGCGCGGUGCGUGCGCAUGGCGGUUGGACGUUAAAGCGGCCUUGAGUUUGGGCCGGUAAUGCUUCUACUUCUACAUCCGAUAAUAUUCACCACCAAUAAUUGUAAAUAUUUUUGUUUCUGUUUCUUUUGGUUUGGUGAUGAUAUAUAUUGUUGUUACGUGUUCUCUUAUGAUCUUAAAGAUUAUGAUGAGCGACUAGUUUGAAUUCGUGUACAGUUUUGACCUUAUUUCUUAUGAAUUAUAU